GUGACUACGAACGAACGGUAGCUGCGUCAGUGACAAUAAAUGAAUCAUCGUUUCUGUGCAAAGAAAAUUUCGUUGACACACGAACCAUAGCAGCAACGAAAAAUCCCACGGCACAUGGCACAGAUACGAAUGACACUGGCACUGGUAGUGUCGUGCCAAUAAUCUAUUUCGUAACGCCAACAUAUCCACGACGCGAACAAUUCGCUGAGAUUGUACGGCUUGGUCAAACGCUUAUGCACGUACCACAUUUGCACUGGAUUUUGGCCGAUGAUACGGACUCAUGUAAUCAACAUUUGGAUGAGUUUCUAAACCGUUUCGGUAUUCCAUAUACUCAUAUAUCGAGCCCAAUGCCGGAUUUCUAUCGUUCACAAAAGCCGAUGCCGAGAGGUGUUGCUAAUCGACGAGCUGCAAUCAAUUGGAUCCGGCAAAAUGGCAAGAAGCCAGGUGUACUCUAUUUUGGUGACGAUGAUAACACAUUUGAUUUAAGGCUGUUCGAUGAAAUUCGAUCGACCAAACGAGUUUCAAUGUUUCCCGUUGGUUUAAUUGGCCAGUAUUCCAUUAGCGCACCAGUCGUACGAAAUGGCAAAGUAAUUGGUUUCUUUGAUUCGUGGCUGUCGCAACGAAUGUGGCCCGUCGAUAUGGCUGGCUUCGCCGUUUCGUUGGAGUAUCUAGAGAAGAAUCCAAACUCAACGAUGCCGUACAAGGCCGGUUUUGAAGAGGAUGGCUUUUUGAAAAAUAUCGGAUUGAAAAUGAACGAAAUUGAACCGAAAGCGAAAAAUUGCACCGAAGUUCUUGUGUGGCAUACACAAACGAAGAAAGAGAAAGCAGCACUCAUCCAAAUUGAUAGUCGUAUUAUUGAAUCAGAUGAUACCAGCUUAGGUGCACUUUUAAGAACAUUGGACGCACUAGGUGUCAGUCAUAAUAGUCCGUCAUCAGGUGUAAAAGCGCAGAUAGCCAAAAAUGCAAAGGCAAAAGAACUAACCCAUAAAACUAUAUAAUUCAACUAGUUAUACUACCCAGAGCGAGAAGCGUUUAAUAAUUUAUCGGCCGAUCUAUAAAAAUGGAGGUGUUCUACAGCGUUCUCUGCGUUGAAAGUGAUAUGAAAAAGGCAGCUGAAAAAAAAACGAAAACAGUUCCAGAAAGAGUCUAAGGCCAUUUAAGUGAAUUGGUGCGGUAUCGACAGAGGAAAAUAAUCGAAGAAUUUAUGAGUUUAAGUAGUUUUCUACAGCAAUGGAGGCAGUUACGAAAGUUUUUAUUUAAUUUAUUUGUACCGGUAACAGUUAUUACCCGUAGGUAACGAGUUAAGCAUAAUACGAAACCAAAUUGAUAAAUAAUGAAAUGCACGCUUUCUGAAUGCUCUAUGAAUAUAAGUGAGUUUAGUUUAGUUAGACAUGGUCAGUACACGCAUAAUAGUCAUCAAAUGACACUGAUGACAGGCCGUUUGAAGAAAAGCAGAAAAUGAAACAAAUUCAAUUUCACAUUGUCUUCAUUAAUCAAACCUAUUUCCAAUAUGACAUUCGUCAGCUGUUCGAUCGUUAUUCCAACAUUGACUUGUAUAAAAAGUGAAUCUAAGCGAAUACUAUAUCUAUUGAAUUGAAACAUUGACACUGUAUACACGCUAAAAAGGUUCCCAUUAUUUUGAAAUUCGGUAAAAAUCGUCGGAGCGAGCGAAAAACACACACAAACACAUCGCAAUUGUUAAGCAUAAAUGCUUUGUUUGGUAUGCAUUGCAUAGAAAUAUUUUAGCGACUAUCAUCAAAUUCUACCAUUUUUUUUAUUUUGAUAUUUAUUGAAAAUGAUGCCAACUGCUCUGUGUGUUUUUUUUUAUUAAAUCAUUGUGAAAAAAACCUACAAUAUUGCAAAGCCUA